AUGGCUGUGAUCAACGCACAAGUCAGUGAGCUCAUAAGGACUCUGCCGUCAUUGCUGCGAUGUGCUGUUGUGGAGAAGAAGAAGGAACGCAAGCCACGUAAAGUGACAAGUCAGGUGAUGGAAAUAAUAGACUCCAUCCUGAGAACAGACGAUGAACUACCAGCAAGAAAAGUAAAAGAGCUUCUCCAAAGCAGGCACAACAUAACGAUCGGCUUACACUCGGUGCGAAAGACAGUCCGGACUCUUGGCUGGAACUUUGGAAAGCCCAGAUUCGUUCCAAUGACCAGAGGAAAAAACAAAGAUUUGCGUGUAACCCAAGCUCAAGAAUGGAAGGCUGCUGGUCGCCGGAUCUGA